AGCACCACCGCCGCCGCGCCCCUGGCCCCUGGGCGGCUCGGCUCAGCCCUGCCCCGCGCCGCUGCCGCCCAGGUGCGCGGAGCCGGGCGCAGGUGCUUAAAUAGCGGCGCUGGCUGAACCACGGCAGCUGUCUGCGGGCCGGCCAGUGCCCAAGGGCAGCAUCAAGAAACUUCAGACAGGAAGGCUCUGGACAGCUUGUGGAGUCUUAGGUCGUCUUGAUGGUCACAAGCGUAUCGCCUCAAAGAUCUUCCUCAGUUCCUGAAUUCAUGACUGCAUGAGGAUAUCAAAUUUCAUAUGGAACAGAACCAAAAAUCCUCUGUGUACUUGCUCUUGUGGUUAUGUAGGACAGGAAGGUGACCUACGGAGAGAAACUGCAAAGUCUCUAGUGGCUGUGGAAAAAGAAACAAGAUGUACAUGCUUUGAAAGAUCAACUGUAGUUUUCUGUCACUGAAUGCCAACAGGAAAAAAAAUUAUCUGCUUGAGGAGAUUCUGUUGUAAUGUAUCCAGUGGCUGUUCCUGCACCAGGAGGUGAAGGAAAUAAUGGACAACACGAGAAACUUACUUUUUUCUUUUUUAUUUUUGGAGCAGUCUUUCUCUGUGUUGGAUUUCUGCUUUCAGUCUUUAUUCUACAGUCAUGCCCAUAUGAAACCUUCAGUGACUGUAAUGGAGUUCUUAAGGCUUCUGGGCCUGUGCUGGCUGUAACUGGCUUGGUUUUUCUUUUAUUGGCAAGAUCAAGGGCCAGGCUGUAUAUAAGACAAAGACAAUUGCAAAAUGAGCAAGUAUACAGCCUUGUUUUCUGUCGAGGGAGCUGUCAGUUUGCCCAGUUUCUCAUCUUUGGAUUCCUAUUUUUGACGAGUGGAAUGCUAAUUAGUAUCCUGGGCAUUUGGGUUCCUGGCUGCAGCCCUGGUUGGCACACUGUACAGCUCAACCAGACUAGCAGUUCUGAUGUGAACCUCCAGGGUUGUGGAUUCCUGUCGCUUCAAAUCGUGGGGCCUUUGAUUGUGUUUACUGGGUUGUGUUUCUUCGUGAUAGCUCAUGUUAAAAAACAGAACUUCAAUCUCAGCCAAGAAUCUUUUGAAAAUGAAGAACAUCCUCAGAGCCCUGAAUCUUUACAAGUUACAGUAGGUGAUGCAAUAAUGGUAUUCCCACCUCCUCCACCACCUUAUUUUUCUGACCCUAUGUCACCAACUGUGACACAUUGUCUUACGUCAAGUGGCUUGCCUGCAAGUGAAAAUCCUCCACCAUACCAAUCUAUCUUCAACAAUGGAGCACAGCUUGCAGAUGAUGAUAGAACAGUUGCUGCUAGAGACUAUGAAGCUAUAUGUACAAUUUCUGGAUGCAGUUCACCUUCAGAUAUCUUACCAAUGCUGUCUCUCUCCUCUGAAUCACCUCCAGAAUAUGAAGAAAAUGUAUUAGUAACAAGUAAUGAAUAUUCUCUAUCAUCUUCAUCUGUUUCCUUAGCCACAUUGCACACCAGCUCAUAG